AUGUCUUCUCACAUGACUUUCAGAAUCAAGCAAUUCCUGGCCAAGAAACAAAAGCAAAAUAGUCCUAUUCCUCAGUGGAUUCGGAUGAAAACUGGCAACAAAAUCAGGUACAAGUCCAAGAGAAGACAUUGGAGGAGAACGAAGCUGGGUCUGUAA